AUGCAUUGUACCGCUCUUUUACUCCAGGGUCUCUUGGCUGUUGGAGCAACGGCUUUGCGCGGCCAAAGGAUCCGACGCCAGGACGGCACUAUCGAUCCAGGCCAGCCCUCGGACUGCACUUGGUGGAUAAUAAGAGAGGAGGAAUAUCAAGAUUGUGCAUAUCUUGAAGAUUACUGGAAUCUGAAGCAUUCACAGUUUGUUGAAUACAAUCCUACGGUCAAAGAUGACUGCAGUGGCAUGCAGUUUGGACACUCUUACUGCGUUGAGGUGAACAAUGGGCUCCCCCGCAAGGAAGAGUCUGCAUCCUCCAAGACAACCACUCCAGUCAGCAUGGCUGAACCGACUAAGACGCAUCAGGCAAGCCAGGCAAGUCAGACACAGGACGGUCUCAUCGACACAUGUGUGUCCUUCUACCAGGCUAAGAAGGGAGAUACAUGCCCUAAGAUUAUCGCUGAACACAACAACACAUUUGACAAGGAUGAUCUGGUCAAAUGGAACCCCGCCAUCCAAGAGGAUUGCAGUGGUAUCUGGGCCAACUACUACUAUUGUGUUGGAGUGCCUGGAACUCCCACGUCACCCCCGACAAGAACACAGGAGGCUACCAUCAAGCCCACCAGCCCAAGUAAGCCUAGUCCUACGCAGGAUGGUCUAAUCAGUAGCUGUACCAGAUUCCAUCAGGCUAAGAAGGGCGAAACCUGCACGAACAUCAUCUCUACGUUUGGCACAUUUGACUUUGAUACCUUCUAUGAAUGGAACCCAGCUGUUGGCGAGGAGUGCAGUGGUAUCUGGGCAAACUACUACUACUGCGUCGGCAUCCCAGGAACCCCCAACACCAAGCCUUCUGUGACAACUGUAAAGCCCACAGCAACUGGCUUCCCAACCCCUUCACCUAUCCUUGAUCGCACCGUCAAAGGUUGCACCAAGUUUCACCUUGUUUCCAAGACAACUACCUGCCCAUCGAUUGAGAAGUACUAUAACCUACCAUUCCCACAGUUUCUGGCUUGGAAUCCAGAAGUUAAGUCGGAUUGUAGUGGACUUUGGGCCAACUACUAUGUCUGCGUCAUGGUGGAAGGAUACAAGCCUGUGACUACCACCGCAACAACACCGGCAAACGGAAUUCAGACCCCUUCACCUAUCCAGACCAACAUGGUUAAGAACUGUGAGAAGUUCCACCAGAUCAAGCCUACGACUACUUGCUCAUCCAUUGAGAAGUAUUACAACCUUGCCAUCAAGACCUUCCUUUCGUGGAACCCAGCUGUUGGUCAAGUUUGUGAAUACCUUCAGACCAGGUACUAUGUCUGCGUUGCAACUGUGGGUUGGAAACCUCCUACAAAGACCACUACAAAACCUUCAAAUGGAGUUUCAACUCCUACGCCUAUCCAAUCUGGGAUGGUGGGUAAUUGCAAGAAGUUUCACCCUGUAGCUUCCACAACGACAUGCACAUCUAUUCAAGCGUACUAUAAGAUCACCAUGGCCCAGCUGGUCAAAUGGAACCCGGCCAUUGGCUCGAAAUGCACUGGUCUUUGGGCCAACUACUAUGUGUGUGUUGGUGUUUAG